AUAUUUUCUCAUUAUAUCACUCUAUUAAUUUUAAUUAAUUGUUUAUUCUUAAUAUUAACACCAAAAAAAAAAUUGUAAAUGAAAAAAAUCAUCAAUGUCGAUAAUGUAGAAUUUAUUUGUUGGGAUAAAAACAGCUGAUGACAUUUUGGAGUAAUAAAUAAAUAUAAACAAUUAACAAGUGUUUAUUUUUUGAUUGAUAAAAUAAUUAGGAUGUUUACUUUAAAAGAUGAUCAUAAAAAUCAUUUAUUAUUUUUAGAAAAACAACCAGUACAAGUUGUUCAAGAUUUUUGUAAAUUAGCUAUUGAUUAUCUGAAUAAAGGACCAAAUCAAAAAAUAUAUGCAACAGCAGCUCAAAAGCUGGAUGUUGAGGCAGAGAUAAUUCAAGCUUCUAUAGAAGGAUUAAUAAAUCUUUUACUAGAAUGUAUAAAGCACAAAUUAACAAUUGAUGAUUUAAAAAAAUUAUUACUUAAUUUGGGUUUUGAUGAAGAAAAAGAAUCAGUUAUUAGUCAAUUAUACAUUUCAAAACAAAAUGAUAUAUCAAAAGCACUUGAAAAUACUGGAUUUAAAUUACCACAAUAUCACAAUAUGGAAUGGAGAUUUGAAGUUCAAGUUGCAUCAAGAUUAGUACCAAGUCAAAUUAUACCAACAAUGACCCUAGAUUUUGAGCUUAAAAAUACUGACAGCACUGAUAAAAUUGAACAUGUUACACUUCAAACUGAUGCACCAAAUCUUCUUCAUCUAUGUCAAGUUAUUGAAAAUGCAAUUAAAGAAGGUAAAUCUCAACACGUUCGUAAGAUAAAAAAGAAUUUAAAAAUAUAAAAAAACAAUACAUAAUUUAUUUAU